AUGCAUACCCGGUCGCUACCUCUCCUCACGUCCCUGCUCUACCUGUCAUCCACAGUCACUACCGUCCACGCCGCGCCCUCCUCGAAACGCGGCAUCGUUUAUGUCACCCCCGCAUCACCGUCUGACGACGAGAUCUGGGCCCGACCAUCCAACGACCUCAGCUGGUACUACAACUACGUUUACACCCCUACGGCCGCCCUCGCCUCCGCCUCCCACCUCUCCUUCGUGCCCAUGCUCUGGGGCGCGCCCCCCUCGCCCACCUCAGACGACACCUCCUUUCUCGACAGCAUAACAUCGCAACUCUCCUCCGGCGCCAACAUAACCCACAUCCUCGCCUACAACGAGCCGGACGGUAGCAGCGCAACGGGCGGCUCCAACCUAUCUCCCGACGCCGCCGCAAACACCUGGCUCCGCAACAUCAAGCCUCUCCGCGACGACCACGGGGUCAAAGUCGGUCUACCUGCAGUGACCGGCUCACCGGGCGGGAUUGAAUGGCUGGGGAACUUCAACGGGCCGUGCGCCGCCCUAAACGCCGACGAAGGCUGUGCCGCCGAUUUCAUCCCCAUCCACUGGUACGGCAACUUCGAGGGGCUGGCCUCCCACAUGGGCCAGGUGCGCUCGCUCUACCCUUCUCUCCCCAUGUGGAUCACCGAGUAUGCGCUUUCGCAUUCGGAACUGGAAGAAACACAGGCGUUUUAUAACAUGUCUGCCGAGUAUUUUGAUCGCUUGGAGUAUGUGGAGCGAUACAGCUAUUUCGGCGCUUUCAGGUCCAGCAAGAGUAAUGUGGGUGCGAAUGCGGCGUUCUUGACGCAGGACGGCGAGUUGACGGAUAUUGGGAGUUGGUAUCUGGGUGGUGGAGCGACGGGGAAUGUGCCCGAGGGGAAGGCCGGGAGGAGGUUGGAGGCUUCGACAUUGUCGGUGCUCGGCGUUGUGUCAGCGGUGGCUUUGUUGUUGGUCGGUUGUUGA